AUGUUGCCUCAAUGCACACAACAGACCUUCCCAUCCGAUUAUAUCGGCCCAGUCAUGAAACUUGUUGAAUGCAUCGAUUUAAAUAAAAAUCUGGGUAAUUGGCACCCAAUAAAGGGAGCCAAAUUUUUUUCUACCAAUUUCGCCGGUAAAAUAGAUAUUAAGCCCGCUGGCUCAAAAAAAAUAAAAAUUAGCUUUGAUUCGAUCUUGAACGGAAAUCUUUGUUUGAUUUCCGAUGCUUUAAACGAACAUGGUUUUGCAGCGAGUGUUCCAUCGAAUCUUAUCUAUUCUUUUGGUAUAAUAAAACUCGAUCAAGACGUCUCCGACGACGAUUUUCGGGAUGGAGUCCAAUCAAGUUUUAAAAUUGUCAGCUUCAAACGUAUAUAUAACGGGUUUUUCAAUAGAGGCGCUCGAACUUUGAUCGGUUAUAUCGGGAAUGUCAUUAAAGCCUUAUCUGCAUAA